CUCCAGUAUGUCACAAUUUUCUGUCUUUAUGUCAGUCGCUUCAGUUCACUACCACUAGUCCAGCCACAGACACAAUAAUGCCAAAUAGCAAUGGAAUUCCGGGACUCUGUAUAUUUUAUGUUGCGAUUUUACUCACCUUUGUGCCCGAUGCUGUUCAAGCUCAGUGCUCCAGACCGACAGGCGAGAACAUGCACCUGAAAGAGGAAUACUUCUCCCAAACAUCUUUCCCCGACUUGUCGAAGGCAGUGUUUGCGUGUGACACAGGUUACAUAGGGGCAGGACCCCUGUCUGUGGUCUGCCUUGGAGACAGCUGGAUUCCAAUACAAGAAGGAUGUAAAAAGGUGGCUUGUGGUGCACCAGGAGAGGUGGCGAAUGGUUGGUAUGAUAUCAGAGAAGGGACGGACUUUGGGAGCGUAGCUCAAGCGCACUGCCACGAAGGUCAUCGAUUGCUGGGGAUGGGUAGGAGAGUGUGCAAGUCAGCGGGCUGGUCAAACAGAGUCGCGGUGUGUGAAGUGGUUCAGUGUGGUCCACCCCCUCAAAUACACAGCGGAGUUAUUUUAGAUGAAAAGGAGUCCUAUAGUUAUGGAGCAGUGGCCAGGUAUCGUUGCCACGGGGACCUUACCCUUAAUGGAUCCCGAACUUUGCACUGUGACAAAACAGGACAGUUUUACCCCAACCCACCCACAUGUAUAGAUGUAACUUGUCCAGACCCUGUGGUUGAGAAUGCUUAUCUCAUAGAAAGAAGCAUGCCACCAUUCAAAUACAGAUCUUAUGUCACAUUUAAGUGUCUUCGUGGCUACAAGUUGAAUGGAUCCAACAGUCUUACCUGUCAAAUAGACAGUGUUUGGUCCAAAUCUCUUCCUGCAUGCGUAAAAGAUGAUUCAUCUGUGGAACCAGAUGAACCAGAGAAGAGCUAUUUCAAUAAAUUCACAAGUUUUAUGAAGAAUUUUUAUGAGAACGUCAAGAGUGAAUUAAACAGUAAGUCCAUUCAUUACUUCUUCAAUAUAUCAUUUGGUUGUGUAUCUAUACGUAUUGAGAUAACAUUCUUGGUCAAAGUCAUUGUUUAAUUCACAAAUGUAUAUUUCAAAUUAUAUUUGUGUAUUUGUUAUACUGCAUUUCCUGUACUUUGUGCUGUUAUUAUGUGUAUGUUAAACUACAUCUUUUUGUAGAGGUUGAAGUAGGUUGGUUUGACUAGCAUGGUUUGGCCUCUGAGGAAGAUCUUUCAUCAGGGAUCCGAAAAAAACAUCUUCACAACAUGUCCUGGUCAACCAAAUGAACCAUCCCAUAACCUCUAGUAACUGUAUGAAGUUCAUUACAGUAAAGUAUACACAAUUUACAAUAAAUUAGUGAAAAAAAUUGUGGUUUGCGUUGGUCUGAUAUGUGAAUCUGUUUGAGGAUAAUGACAUGUAUGAACUGGUAUAUAGGUUCACAUUCAGCACACCAACCACUAGAGUGAAGUAUAUUGAGUAAAGUGAAGAGGUCUGUCAUUUACCACUGAUCAAGUAACAACAAAUAAAGAUUACAAAUAAUUAUUACUAUAUGACUCUUACACUGUUUUGGAUGUUCUGAAUAUAAUACAAAAGGUUUGAUAUAUACCCUGCUACAUUAGCUUGUGAGAACAUGACCCGUGGUCAUGUCCAGAAGAGAAAUAUGCCUGCCUAUGAAUUAUGUUGCUUGUAUCAUUGAUAAACUGUCAUUAUGCUG